AUGGCUACAGGUGCCAGCGGGAUCCCCAGUGUCACUGGUCGCCAUAUCCCAGAGGGAGCCGACCAGCGACACUCCAUCAGCCCAGACCCCAUGGAUGAGCAGAUGACUGAGGAAGAAGAAGAGGAGGAGGAGAAGGGACAGAGAGAUACCCAGCCAGAAGAAGAAGAUAAGUUCAAAUCAACCAAGAUCCAGAUGGCAUGUUUGGAUUUUUGA